ACGAUGUUGACGAUUCCCUGCGAUCGUAAGAUGCAAAAUCCGUUGAAACUUAAAACGGUGGAGGCGGCGCGUGUAACAACACGCAUUUAAUAAAGUUGUCGUUUCGCUCUCUUCUUCUUCUUCUUCUUCUUCUUCUUCAACCACUGUAAAUGGAGACGGACAGAAGGAGAGAGAUCUUGUAGUACAGAUUCUCAUUCUUUCCUCCCUCAGCACUCUGCCUUCCUUCAUGGCGUCUCAGCUUUCGAGGUCUGUAGAGCGUAACGCAACGCCGAAGGAGAAGUCGGAAUGGACGGAGGAGGAGGAGGAGGAGGAGGAGGAAGAAAAGGAGUUCAAGGAGUGUGUGGAAGAACCAAAUGGUUCUCUGACGCCUGUGAUUGAUGAUAGCUUGGAGAGCAAUGAGCUUGAGAAACAGAAGCUCGCGAUCAUGAGAGCUUUUGUUGAAGGAGAAGACUCCUCUGCUAAGGAUGUAGAUGAUUUCAUGCUACGAAGGUUUUUACGAGCUCGUGAUUUAGAUAUAGAGAAGGCUUCUGCCAUGUUUCUGAAGUACUUGAGCUGGAGAAGAUCAGCUAUUCCUGACGGAUUUAUAUCAGUGUCUGAGCUAUCAACCAAUCUCGCUCACAACAAGUUGUUCAUGCAAGGUGUUGAUAAGAAGGGACAUCCAAUUGUAGUUGGCUUUGGUAACAGGCACAAACAAGGAAAUUUAGAAGAGUUUAUUCGUUUCGUAAUCUUUGCUUUAGAUAAAAUAUGUUCCAGGAUUCCAAGAGGGCAGGAAAAGUUUGUGUGUAUUGGUGACCUUCAGGGAUGGGGAUACUCUAAUAGCGAUAUUCGUGGAUAUCGAGCAGCUCUAUCAAUCUUGCAGGACUACUACCCAGAGAGACUGGGCAAGCUAUACAUUGUCCACGUCCCUUACAUAUUCAUGACAGCAUGGAAGAUGGUUUACCCAUUUAUUGACAAGAAAACCAAGAACAAGAUAAGCUUUGUGGAGGACAAAAAGCUGAAUUCCACGCUGCUUGACGACAUUGAUGAGAGCCAGCUCCCUGAUGCGUAUGGGGGCAAACUUUCGUUAGUUCCAAUCCAAGACUGCUAAAUCUCUUCAGAGAUGUUAUCUUAAAUAUCCAUCACACGGUUAAUACUCAUACCCCUCCUCUUCUCGCUCUACCUUUCUUUUACUGGUUUUCUAGUUGCUGGUAACGCAAUAUUCAAUAAGGUUAGUGGUAUAAGCUUUUACAGGGAAAUAACUCUCUUAGAGAAGUUCGAUUGUAGAAAUCAGACUCCUCCUACCCAUGUUACUGAAUUAGAGGAUUACUUUAUCUUC